AUGCAUUUAUAGAAAUUGUUAAUGGUAGUUCUUAUAGGGUAAAUAAUUCAACGAAGCUCAACACUUUCUACUUAUAUGGAAAAUAUGAGAAAAUGUAAAUAUUAAUUAAAUAUAGUAAGGAUAUGAUAGUGGCGAUAGAUAAUAUGAUUAAAGAGGAAUUAAAAUAGGCAAAUGGUUGAGGAUUUGGGUAUUAUAAAUAAAUCACUUAUAAUGGCGAAUAUAAUAUGAAGAAUCUGAAAGAAUGUAGAUAGAAUAUUUUAGCUUGGGAAAAAUAAAUGUAAGUUUAAGAAUAGUAAUGAUAUUUUAGUGGUGGCUGGCCAUAUAAUUAAGAGGAAAUUAAGAUUGGAAAAGUGGGUAGAGUUGGGUAAAGAGUUUGAGGAACACAAUUAUGUGAUAUAUUAUGGUGAAUAUAAUAUGAAGGAUAAAGGGAUGGAACAUAUAAAUAAAUGUAUAUUUUAUAGUAAUAAUAAUUUAGUGGUGGUGGAUCAUAUGAUUAAAAUGGAAUAUAAAAUUUUGGGAAAUUAUGGCUGCUUAAUCAUUUCUGAACAUAUCGUCAUUUUAAUAAUUUUAAAAAAUAUUACUUCUAUCCUAAAUACAUAAGAUAUAAAUAUUCUAACCAAAAACGAAAUUUAAAGAAUUCUUAACAUUUACUAAAUGAAUAUCUUAUAAUCAUAUAAUAUAAUUUAUCAUCUUAUCAUAAUAUUUUAAGGAAUGAAUAACCAUAUGAUUUUUCCUUUAUCUAAUAUCUAUGAUACUAAUCAAGUAUUUGAUCAGCAUAAUUAGUAAAAGAUAUUAUCUCCUCCAUUUAUUAUAGAUACUGAUGAUAAUUAGAAAUAAACUUUAAUCAAAUAAUUGUCUUAUAAUCUAUAUUAUUGA